UGUCCCGACCGAAGACUGUUCAUUCGACUGAUCGCCAUCACUUGGUGUCUGGCAGCUUUUGUUUUAGUCAGCAGCUAUAACAGUCUCCUCAUUUCAUACGUCACCUCGCCAAACGCCCAACCGCUAAUUAAUUCAAUGGCAGAUUUGCCAAAUUCAAGUGUUGAGAUUGUGGUGGACGCUGGACAGGCUAUAGAUUAUGUUUUGUCGAAUGCGGAAAAUGGAAUAAGCAAACAUUUGGGAGAUAAGUUUCGUAAGUAUCUACCGAAGUCACGCUGCUUAAAAACACAGUCGUGUGUCGACCUGGUCAAGUCUGGCAAUCACGUUUACAUCGCCGCUCUUCUUGUCGCACUGGAUGCCAUGAAAAAUGAUUUUCACACUACGGGAAAAUGUGAUCUGACUUUGGCAAGGCAAAUGGAACCCGGAACCCCGGGAACUUGGGUUUUGACUAAGAACAGCCCUUACACGGAAUACAUAAGCAGAGGGAUUCUUGAAAUGUUUGCAAAUGGAUUACUGGACAUUUGGACAAGAUGGUACCAGCCCGAUGUUCGACAGUGUCUAGACAAAGCGAACAAGAUCAUGCAACUGAAACCGUCCAAAAACAAUCCACCUCAAUUGUCUCUCACAAAUUUGACAGGGGCUUUUGUCGUAUUGUUAGUCGGAUAUCUCGUUACUUUUGCAGCAUUCAUUUCUGAACAUUUGUUUUGGCAUGCAAAAUUGUUCUAGGGGCAAUUGAAUCUCAUUUGUCAAUCACAAAACAUCCAACCCGUGCAGUUAUUUUCUUAUGUUAAGGGUUUUUGUAGCACAGGCUGAGCACAAGGCUGCAGCGCGUUCAAAUAACUAGAUUUUAAUCAAGAAGCUUUUGAUGUAUGUAGGGAAAAGAUGUGCCCUCUAAGUAUACCUUACACUAAAAUCUAAAAUAGACGAUUCACAUAACUAUGCACUAAAUCGAUUGAUCCCUAAUUAUUCGCUGUUGUAUCGUGAUCGUGAC